AUGGCACCAUACUACGAUGGCCUACUCGCUUUUUUGUUUAGACAACUGUUCUACACUAUCCCCGAAGUUGCUCCCGUUGACCUCAGUGGAAAGGUGGUUCUCUUGACGGGGGCAAACUCUGGAAUUGGUCUUGCUUUGGCAUUCAUGCUAGCAUCACGGGGUGCCGAGGUGAUUGCCGCCGUUCGAUCAGUAGCUGGAGGGGAAGCUGCUCGACACAAAAUCCUUAAAACCAUUCCGGCAGCCAACGUUAAGGUUCGACAGUGUGACCUGGCCUCGUUCGACUCAGUCAAGAGGUUUGUCACCGAGCUGGAACAGGACUCUGUAACCCUAGAUCUGGUGAUUUUGAAUGCCGGUGUUUGGUGUUCGGAAAUGAUAACUUCGAGGGAUGGGUUUGAUCUGUCACUCCAAGUAAAUGUGCUCUCAAAUGCCCUUCUCGCCAUAUCUCUUCUGCCGUAUCUUCGCUAUGAGAAUUCUCGAGCGCGCAUAGUGUUCGUGACAUCUGAGGGACAUGCAAUGGUUCCGACUAGCUUCCAUCAGAGCAGCAGCUUGCUCAAUUCUCUCAAUCACAAAUGCCAUAAUUUUGAUCAUUAUACCCAUUACUACACAUCUAAACUGUUCGGGCUUCUCUGGGCACUUGCCCUGUCACGACGCGUCAAUCCAGAAAAGCUCUCCCUCGUCUUGGUGUCCCCAGGACUAUGCAAAAGUGAAUUGUUUAGAACCGUGAGGUCUGCGCCAACGGAUCUCUUAACCCGGUGUUUUGCCCGAAACUGUGACGAUGGGGCACGAAUGGUCAUGUUAGCCUCUGUCACGGAGACAGAGAACUCCCGUGGCAUGUACUACAGCCAAGGGAGCCAGGUGCCGAUUUCAAAGUUUGCCUCCAGUACUGAAGGAAUCGUAUGCCAGGAGAGGCUGUGGGAGGAGAUAAUGGCCAUUCUGGAUCGCGUGCAUCCUGAUCUGAAAUCUCAUCUGCGCAAAGUGCAAACGCUGUUAGAUCCACGCAGCCCCUUGCAAGGCCAUACCCAGUGUCUAUAG